AUGAACGAUGAAAAUGAUAAAACCAAAAAAUAUAUAGGUAGACCUUUGUUUGAGAAUUUGCAUAAAAAAAAACAGAUCAGCUUAUUGACACAUAAAUUUGCGGACACAAAUUUAAAAGGAUUUUGUAAUUUGUUUUUAAUAAUAAUUAUUGUAAUAAAUUUCCGAAUUAUAUUAGAAAAUAUUAAAAAAUAUGGUUUUGAUAGUAUUCCGAUACCUAGCCGUCAUUAUAUAACUAAAAAUUUACCUAUACUGAUAUGUUUUAUUUGUUUAUAUAUUAGUAUUGUUUUUAGCUGGAUCAUAGAAAGAUAUUUCUUUUGUUGGAUUUGCAAUUAUUUCCUUUCAAAAAAUGGAAAAAUCACAAAAAUAUUUAUAAAAGAUAAUUUUAAUAUUGACGAGACAUGCAAUAAUAAACUACCUGAUUAUGAAUUUUCAAAAAAUGAAAAAUCUUCUCAAAUAAUUGUCGAAUCUCCAAACAAUUAUGAAAACGAUAAUGUUUAUAAAAGAAUAAAAAAAAAUGAUCAAGAUGGUGUAAAUAAAUUAGAAGAACAAAAUGUCGGAACAAAAUACUCUAAUAAUACAGAACAACCUAAUAGUGAACAAGCCAAAUUUAAUGAAAACAAUAAAGACAAAAUAAAUGAAUGGAAACAUGUAAAUUUUUCUAUUUUUUUAUUAAGAUGCAUUAAUAGUAUGUUUAUGCUAUUAGUUCCUUAUAUGGUUGUUAUACAAUAUGAAGGAGAACCGAUAUUAGCAUCAAUAUUAUUAACAACAUCCAUAGUCUGGUUUUUUAAAACAUAUUCCUUUCAUCAUGUUUGCUAUGAUACUAGAAAAUUAUAUAUUGAAGGACCAAAUUUAAACACAAUAGAAGAUUCAUUAGUUGAUAUAAAUUAUAUUAAAAGUUAUCCAUAUUGUUUACAGUUUAAAAGUUAUUAUACAUAUAUAUUUAUGCCUACUAUGUGUUUUCAAUAUACAUAUCCUAGAUCAGAAAAAAUUGAUUGGAGGUUUGUUUUUAAGCAUAUGACAGUAGCUAUUAUAUCACUACUAAUAAUAUAUAUAGUAACAAAUGAAUAUUUAUUUGUUAUUAUUGAACAGACUGUUAAAACGAAAGAAUUUAAAUCACCAAAUUUAACAAUACGAUUUAUUCAUAUUAUGGAAAGUAUGUUGAAAGUUUCUAUCUUAACUAUAUAUAUAUGGAUGCUUGGAUUUUUUGUUUUAUUUCAUAAUUGGUGUAAUGUGUUAGCAGAAAUUACAAAAUUUGGUGACCGAUUAUUUUAUAAAGAUUGGUGGAAUGCUAGUUCUUUUGGGGAAUAUUGGAGAAAAUGGAAUUUGCCAGUUUAUUAUUUUGUUUAUCGUCAUGUUAAUAGACCUUUAGUUUAUUAUGGGGUUAGUAGAAAACUUUCGAUGAUUAUUAUUUUUAUUAUUUCAGCAUUAUUACACGAAUAUUUAGUUACAAUCCCAUUAAAAAUUAAAUUUUUUGGAUAUAUAUUUUUUUUUUUUACUGGACAAAUCCCAUUAAUGCAUUUAACAAACAGUGAUUAUUUUAAAAAAAACAAAAAUGUAGGAAAUCUGCUUUUUUGGAUUGUUUUUUGUAUUAUUGGUCAGCCUCUUAUAGUUUUCACAUAUUAUUAUUUGUGGACCCACAAGGAAAUCGAGAUCCCUUGA